AUGCUGCAAACCCGUCUGCUGUCUCGGACCCUGCAGCAGCUGCCAUACCGAUGUGCAUCGCCGCUGGCAGUCCGGUUUUACGCAACCGCCGUCCAAGAGACCGAGAAGGCCCCCGAAUCAUCGUCCUACGACCCGGACGCCUUUGCGCCUCCACCACCCCGAGGUGAAGUCGGUGUCCAUGUCCGCAGGUACAAGCCUCGAACGCCCGGUGUCAGACAUUUGCGGAGACCUAUCAACGACCAUCUGUGGAAGGGCCGCCCCGUACACAAACUGACAUUCCCUAAGCGUGGUCAAGCCAAGGGUGGUCGUAAUCAUACCGGCCGUAUCACCGUUCGGCAUCGCGGCGGUGGUCACAAGCGACGAAUUCGCAUGAUCGACUUUGCCAGAGCCGACCCUGGACCGCACGCCGUAGAAAGGAUUGAGCAUGAUCCCGGCCGUACCGCCCAUAUCGCUCUGCUUCGAUCGAAAGAGACACGCAAAUUGAGCUAUGUCCUCGCCGCCGACGGCUUGAGAGCUGGCGAUGUCAUCCAAAGUUAUAUGGCCGGCAUUCCUCAAGAUCUCUGGGACAGUAUGGGUGGAGUCAUUGAUCCCGGUGUCCUGGCUGCACGAACUGCAUGGAGAGGCAACUGUCUACCUUUACACAUGAUCCCUGUUGGUACGCUGGUCUUUAACGUCGGUAUGCGACCUGGAAAAGGCGGCCAGUUGUGCCGAAGUGCAGGGACUUUUGCAACUAUUAUCGCCAAGGGUACCGAGCAGCAGAAGAACGAGGAGCGCAAGCAGCAGCUCGAAGCCGAGGCCGGGAUCGAGAAGGUCGAGCAAAAGAGACUCACCCAGCGCGAGAAACAAAAAGCGGAGCGUAAUGCCGAACAUGUCACUAUCCGACUCCAGAGCGGCGAAGUCCGUUUGAUUCACAAAGACUGCUGUGCUACCGUAGGCGUCGCCAGUAAUCCCAACUAUCAGUACACCCAGAUCGGAAAAGCUGGUCGUGCUCGCUGGCUCGGUAUCCGUCCGACGGUGCGUGGUGUUGCUAUGAAUGCCAUGGACCAUCCCCACGGUGGUGGACGUGGUAAAUCCAAGGGAAAUGUCGACCCGAAGAGUCCUUGGGGUAUUCCGACCAAAUCCGGAUACAAAACCCGCCCCAAACGCAAGGUUAACAAAAACGUUGUUGUGCCUCGUGUGCGUAACCAGGAUAAGUCGCAGUCGCCUGUCGUCAGUCCGGAAAUCCGCCGCCAACCCCAGACGGACUUCGACCUGCAAAUGACUGAGCGGGACUUUGGACAUUCGCAAAUGAGUUUAUACUGUGAGUUGGAGACAUCGUGUAUGUAUUCCGGUGUUCAGCUCGCCACUCCAGUCUACCAUUCUCCGCCGCUUCAUUCUGAAGACCGACUUCUCAACACUCUAUGGCCCAUCAUGUCUUCUCAGGAACAGGAAUCAUUCAAUGACUUCUCCGGACAACCUAUGUCUCUGGACAUCUCUGAGCCGCACGCGGCGUCUACAAACGAUGACGAUAACAACUACGUCCCUCGCCCAAAACGAAUGGCAUGCGUCGUCUGUAGGAAGAGAAAACUGAAAUGCGAUGGAAAGAAACCCAGCUGCGGAACCUGCGCUCGCGUGGGCCAUAAUUGCGCCUACGACGAGGUGCGCAAGAAGAGUGGCCCGAAGCGAGGAUAUGUGAAGCAACUGGAGGCAAGACUCGCCCAGGUUGAAACUUUGAUAAAGAGUCAAGAAUCGGACAGUCAGCCGACAAGUCGCCAUUCACAACCUCCAACAAUCGCAAAUCCGGGAAUCUCGGAUUUCUCAUCUAUUUCGAAUACUUCGCCUUUUCAGCAACUCCCAGACGGCUUGGGCUCGCAAUCGUUUUCGGGUAAUUUUUUAUCCAACGACCCGAAUUUAAGCACCGAUUCCUCAUGGGAGAUCAUAAGCUUGGGACUCGAGGAACCGUUGCCGACCAAGGAGGUCGUAGACGAUCUAACCUCGAUAUACUUUGAUAGAGUCUAUCCGGCUAGUCCGAUGAUGCACCGACCUCGAUACUAUGCCGCUAUGGAUCUAGCCCCUAAUAUGCGCCCUCCAGUUUGCUUACGCUAUAGCAUGUGGGCAUUAGCUGCUUCGAUUACACCAAAAUACUCUUUUCUGGAGGAACAUUUGUAUGCUCGCGCUCGAAAGUACAUUCAAUUGGACGAGAUGAAAGGCCACGGAGAGCACAUGGUCACCAUUGCUCACUGCCAGGCAUGGCUCUUGAUUUCACUAUAUGAAUUUAAGCAAAUGCUGUUUCCCCGAGCUUGGGUCAGUGUAGGAAGGGGGGCAAGAUUGGCAUCCAUGAUGUGCCUGAACCGAUUAGAUGGAGUUGGACUGGAUGUAAAACACUGCAUUCCGCCACCCCGCGACUGGAUAGAGAGAGAGGAAAGAAGGCGAACGUUCUGGAUAGCGUUUUGCCAUGACCGUUAUGCUAGUAUUGGUACUGGAUGGCCGAUGAUGUUUGACGAGAGAGAUAUUUUGACAAAUCUUCCUGCCAGUGAUGACGCUUUUUUGACUGGAAAGGCUGAAGUGGCACCGACAAUGAAAGAUGUUUUAGCCGGUGAUAUUGCGAAUCUAUCCCCUCUGGGAAGCGUGGCGUUGAUGUCCUGUAUUUUUGGACUGAAUCUCACACAUCUGCAUCGACCCGACUCCCAAGAUAGAGAAAAUGAUGUUAAUGGGGAGUUUUGGAAGCGCCAUCGAGCUUAUGACAACAUACUCCUGAACAUCUCACUCUCGCUUCCCAAUUCUCUUCGUUUGCCGCGAGGUAUCAAGAACCCAAACAUUAUCUUCGCCAACAUGAGUAUCCACACAUCCACGAUUUGUUUGCACCAGGCGGCCAUUUUCAAGGCCGAGAAGAACAAGCUGCAAAAUCAAAUUGCGGCAGAAAGCAAACGGAGGUGUAUCAUUGCGGCGGACCAGGUUGCCAGCAUAAUGAGGAUGAUCAGUCACACGGAUUUAUCUACAAUGAAUCCUUUCUGUGCUUUCUGCCUCUACGUUGCUGCUCGAGUCUUUGUGCAAUACUUGAAGUCACGACCAGACGACCAGGCUGUCAAAUCUUCGUUGCAUUUCCUGCUCACGGCUUUGAAUGCACUGAAGCAGUUCAGCUCUCUUACCGAAUCCUUUUUGAUUCAGCUAGACGUUGACUUGGCUGGGACUGAGUUUGCGUCUAUGACUACUAGUAAGAUGGGCCGGAAACCAACCGAACAGAAUGACAUCAGCGACUGUGUACACAUUGCACGUCUAAAUUCGUCGCCAGAGAAUGCCAGGGAAACCAGCAAUACAAACUCCCCGGACAGCCGAGUAUCCAAUAAUUUUGGCUCCCUUCCGAAUCGACAACGAGGGCCAAAUCCAAGCCACCAGGGGUCUACUAAUAAUUCUGUGAAUGCAAACCCAAGUCCUGGGUUUGACGACCUCCACGCGUGGCCAACUAGCGAAAUGAACAUUUCUCUCGCAAAUGACAACACAAAUUCUAGCUCUGAAAAGGCCUCGCCAGCCACAAUGAACUCUUCGUCCAACACCGCCAUCACCCCUCCUAGCGUGGAUAGACCGUUGUCAAACACACAGCCACCAAAUGGAUCAAACAACACCAAAGAUAUGGCCACUCCGGACCCUUUGAAUCAUGAUUUCAACAAUAUGUACAAUAACAUGGACUUUUCAAAAUCAGUACUCUUCGACGCGACAACGUUGAACAGCGAAUUGGACCCGACAGGAAUGGAGAACCCGUUUGCUUUGAAUGCAGGCUGGUCCCAUCCGAUAGAGCAACCGACGGGGCUUGAGGAUCCUUCUCUUGAAAUGACUGAUGAUAUGGAUCCAUUUUCGAACCGCCAGUUUGAGCAGAUGUUGGAGGGAAUGGGUUGGAAUGGCUGGCCUCAAUGA